GGUAAGUGCAAAUAAAUUACCGGUUAGUCGACUUCUGAAUGUUAACGUGAUAAGACGUACUUUGGAGAGAGAGAAAAAAAUAAUUUAAAGUGAACUAUGGCAAAAAUCGCACUUUUGUUGAUAAUUGCAACGAUUGCUCUUGUUCUUGAAGUUCAAGCGCAAAAGAACGAAUGCCCUUUGAGCUCUCAAGCAACGACUUGCAGCCCAAAAUGUGUCAGCGACAACGACUGUUUAUCGAGCGGCAAACGAUGCUGUCCUAACAUUUGCAACACUAAAUCUUGCGUUUUCCCGAAAUCAGGAAAUACCGGAGGAGGCGACAAAUACAACAAAGGAUCUUCUGCUACGGGAAGUUAUUGCGGAAACACUAAAUGCGCUCCGGGAGAAGUUUGCAAGAUGGACAAGAGCAAGAGACAAACUUGCGGUCGUCCUUAAGAAUUUUCGAACAUUUUUCUUACAUUUUCGAAAUUUUGGGCUCGUGCAACGGCAAUCAAGCAACUGACUGCUAAUAAACGGGAAAACAUUUUAAA